CUCACCAUGGCCGAUAUCAGCGCCGAUAAGCUCACUCUACUCGCCAAGGAGAACUGGUCGGCGGGUGCAGCAGGCGAUGAUGGCAAGCGACCGGCAUACAAGGCUGAGCUGGUGGCCCAGAUCUAUCGCGAGGAGCUGGGCGGUGACAGCAACAAGCCGCCUACCAACCGCAGGGUCCAGCUGCUGGAGAUCAGCCAGUACCUGGAGAACUACUUGUGGCCGCACUUUGAGGCAGGCAUGGCGGGCUCGGCCGCCUACCAGCACCUCAUGAGCAUGGUGGUGAUGGUCAAUCAGAAGUUUAGGGAGCAGGUGCCCGGCUGGGCCUGCUUUCAGCAGCAAAACAAGGACUUCCCCACUUUCUUCCAACACGUGCUGAUGGUGAAGACGGAACAAGAGGCGGGCGGGCGCAUGCGAAUGCAUGAGAAGGUGGCCUACUUGGUGUUUGCUAUCAAUGCUUUCCAGUCGCUGGAGGACGAGGCGGUGCGGGCGCAGGUGCUGCGUCUGGUCAGCCUGCCGCUGUGGCACGCACUGAGCAGGGGCAGGCUGCAGCUGGAGCUGCACGACCAGCCGCAGCUGGCCAAGCACUGGCGGCACCUGGCCAAGAAGGAAGCCAAGGCGGCACAGCAGGAGGGCCAUGUUCCUGUCCACCAGCGCCCCGAGGCCACCUUCCUGCCAGGCAAGCCCUGGCCCCAAGCCGGCCAAUCCAGUCUGCUGACCGAGUACCUGGAGGUGCUUUCGGCCGUCGUGCCCGAGGAGCAGGCGAUGGAGGAGGAUGGGCAGGAGGCGGCAGUAGGUGGCAGCGGCAAGCUGGACCGCCAGGCGCUGCUCUACUGCGAGCGGUUUGUGGAGUUCCUGACUGACCUGCUAUCGCAGCUUCCCACUCGCCGGUUUGUGCAUGCCGUGCUGGAGGACCGUGCCGUUCUUGUCAAGUGCUACAUGUCGCGCCUUUACACACAUCCAGAGGGCCGCCUCUAUGUGCAGCUGGUGGAUCUGCUACGUUUUUACCUGUCUUUCCCCAUCCACGACCACACCGGCGACCCGUUGAGCGAGGAGGAUGUGACCGCGGCACACUAUGAGCAUGUGCAGCAGCUGCAGCGCCUCUUCUUCAAGCAUGUGCCCAAGCUGCGCGAGUUGGCUCUGGCAAAUUGUGGCACUGUUGAGAAGCGUGAGGUGCUGCGCAAGGAGCUGGCGGCGCUGAACCCUGAGGAGCUUCGCUUCCUGGUCACGCGCCAGCUCAGGUGUGCGGCUGUGGAUGGGCUGGUGUCUGACGACGACCCCUGGGCUGAUGAUGCGGGCUUCCUGGCGGAGGUCAUGAUUGCCACCUACGAGCACCGCCGCUCACAAGCGGAGACGAUCAACGAGAUGCCACUGUACCCCACUGAGGCGGUGCUGUUUGAUGAGAACCAGGUUCCCACGAUGCAUUACACAGGGGAGGGCGUGCUGGCCCUGCCCAAGCUUAACCUGCAGUUCCUCACCUUUGCCGACUACAUGCUGCGCAACUUCAACCUGUUCCGCCUGGAGGCAACCUACGAGAUACGGGAGGACAUUGCUGACGUUCUCAAGCGCGUGGGGCCCUACCUCGGCGACGACGAGCGGGUCGGGUUCAGCGGGUGGGCGCGCAUGGCUCAGCUCAUUGACAAAUUUGCUGUCACCGAGGUGCGCAAGCCCAAGGUGGGCGAGAACAAGCCGGCUGCAGUCACAGCCGAGAUCACCAUCAACCUGGCCACCCUACGGCCCGAUGUGCGGGCAGAGUGGGACGAGUUGAAGCAGCACGAUGUGCUCUUCCUCCUCACUAUCCGCCCCCCCGACUCCAUCACGGCCAACUACAUGGCGCAGUCCGGACAGGGCGUCGGCAAGGAGGGCGGCGUGGGUGUGAUGGAGCGGUCAGGACUGCAGUAUGUGCGCGGCUGCGAGGUGAUCGAGCUUCGUGAUGAGGAUGGCAAGCUGAUGAACGACUUCACAGGACGUGUGCGCCUGGACGAGCGCACGCCGCCGGUGGGCGCUAUCCGCACCGUCACUGUGGCCCUGGACACUGCCCAGUACCAGAUGGACAUGAACUACCUUGCCAAGCAGCAGCAGGGGGGCGGCGCCAGCGAGGACGUGUAUGGCACCUUCAACAUGCUCAUGCGCCGCAAGGCCAAGGAGAACAAUUUCAAAGCGGUGCUGGAGUCAAUCCGCGACCUCAUGAAUGAGGACUGCGUGCUGCCGCCCUGGCUGCACGACAUCCUGCUGGGCUAUGGCGACCCCGGUGCCGCGCAGUACAAGCACAUGGAUGGCUGCCUGCAGACUGUGGACUUCAAGGAUACUUUCCUGGAUGCUGACCACGUGCGCGAGGCAUUCCCAGGGUGGAAGAUUGAGUUUCGGAACGGCAGCCGCAGCCCGCAGCUUGAGCGCCCCUUCCGCAUCACCUUCCCCCCGCUUAAAGAGGAGGAGGAGGCGGUAGGCGGCAAGGUCAAGCGCAAGCCGGCAGAUGAUGGCGCGGCGGAGCAAGCGGCAGGCAGCAAGGGCAAGCUGGUGGUAGAGUCGUACACGCCAGUUGACCCAGGCCCAUACCCGCAGGACCUGCCGCCGCAGAACCGCGUGCGCUUCACGCCGGUGCAGACACAGGCCAUCAUGAGUGGGGUGCAGCCUGGGCUGACCAUGGUGGUGGGCCCACCAGGCACGGGCAAGACGGACACGGCGGUGCAGAUCAUGCACAUCUUGUACCACAACUGCCCCAGCCAGCGCACGCUGGUGGUCACCCACUCUAACCAGGCCCUGAAUGAUCUGUUCAGCAAGAUUGUCGAGCGCGACGUGCCGGCCCGCUACCUGCUGCGCCUGGGCAUGGGUGAGGCCGAGCUGGAGACAGACCUGGACUUCAGCCGGGUGGGGCGCGUCAACGCCAUGCUGGCGCGCAGGCUAGAGUUGCUAGCAGAGGUUGAACGUCUGGCUAAGUUGCUCAAGGUGAGCGAGAGCGUGGCAUACACGUGCGAGACGGCAGGCCACUUCUGGCUGCUGCACGUGCUGGCACGGUGGGAGAAGUUUGUGGCACAGUGCAGCACCAGCAAGAGUGCAGACUGCGUAAAAGAGCUCUUUCCUUUCACCGAAUUCUUUGCUGACGCGGCUCAGCCGCUGUUCAAGGGGGAGCGGUACGAGGAGGACAUGGAGAAGGCGCAGGGUUGCUUCCGCCACCUGCGCACCAUGUUCCGCGAGCUGGAGGAGAUUCGGCCCUUUGAGCUGCUCAAGUCUAGCGCCGACCGCGUCAACUACCUGAUGACCAAGCAGGCCAAAAUCGUGGCCAUGACUUGCACUCAUGCAGCUCUCAAGCGCAAGGAGUUUCUGGAGCUGGGUUUCAAGUACGACAACCUGCUGAUGGAGGAGAGUGCUCAGAUCUUGGAGAUUGAGACGUUCAUCCCCGUGCUGCUGCAGCGCCAGGAGGACGGCCACAACCGGCUGAAGCGCGUGAUCCUAAUUGGCGAUCACCACCAGCUGCCCCCAGUGGUGAAAAACAUGGCGAUCCAGCAGUACAGCCAUCUGGACCAGUCCCUGUUCACCCGGUUCAUCCGCCUGGGGACACCCUACAUCGAGCUCAAUGCGCAGGGACGAGCACGUCCCACGCUGGCCAAGCUGUACAAUUGGCGGUAUCGCGACCUGGGCGAUCUGCCCUCUGUCAGCCAGGAGCCCGCCUUUGUGACCGCCAACCCUGGCUUUGCGCUCGACUUCCAGCUUGUCGACGUUCCGGACUUCAAUGGCCGCGGCGAGAGCUGCCCGCUGCCCUACUUCUAUCAGAACCUGGGCGAGGCCGAGUACCUGGUGUCUGUGUACCAGUACAUGCGCCUGCUGGGGUACCCCGCACACAAAGUUUCCGUCCUCACCACAUACAACGGACAAAAGGCGCUGCUGCGCGAUGUGUUUGAGCGGCGCUGCGCACACCACCCCGCCUUUGGUCGGCCCGCAAAGGUAACCACUGUUGACAAGUUUCAGGGGCAGCAGAAUGACUAUGUGCUGCUCAGCCUGGUGCGCACCAACCACUUUGGCCACCUGCGUGAUGUGCGCCGCCUUGUGGUGGCCAUGUCCCGUGCUCGUCUGGGCCUGUACGUGUUUGGCCGUGCAAACCUCUUUUCCAACUGCUACGAGCUGCAGCCGACGUUCAGCCAGCUGCUCGCACGGCCGCUGCAGCUAGCGCUGGUGCCAGGGGAGCAUUAUGGACACUGCAGCCGGAAGCUGGACGCAGUGCCGCCGGUGCAGCUGGUCAGCGGCGUGGAGCAGAUGGCGGGGAUCGUGCAGUUCAUGUGCCAGCAGUGGGAGGAGGCGGCGGCGGCCUGGGCCCGCAGUAGUGCGGUGCAGGGCGGGAGCGACGUGGCAGCGGUUGCAGCUGGUGCAGUGGAGCAGGCGUUGCAUGCUACCGCGCCGGCAGGGGAGGGGCAGGAGGGAGACGGUGAGGAGGGCGAGGAGGAGGAGGGCGGCAGCGAGGAGGAGGGCAGCAGCGGAGUGGAUGAAGAGGAGGAGCAGCAAGUAGGAACCGCGCCCAUGCAGCAGGGCUGACAAACCUGCAUUGCAGCCCGGCCGGUUUCACAAACUGUUGGCACCACUGUAAGCAAGGGGCAUC